AUGAACACCAUCCCGGCACGCCAUGUCGGGGAUGUCGCCGCCCGCGAUCCUCUACCUCUACCGCACAUAUCAUCCUCCGUCGCCAGCGGCAUGAAGCGUUCCUUCGCAACCAUGGCCAUGCUCUACAACGACACUGGCAACAGCAACGAUGUCGGUGCCCAUGCCAGGCGACCACCACGAACCCUCUCCAAUAGUCGGAGCACUUCCGCCCACAGAGUACCUCUAGGCUCUUGGUCGGCGCCCAAUUCCCCGCCCCGCCGUGCGCUGCCGCAUCAUCCCAUCACCGCCAGCUUCGAUCCCGAUGCUUCCAUUGUUAUCGCCGGCAUUCGUGGCGCUGGCAAGUCUACGCUGGCCAUCAUGGCAUCUACCGCCAUGAAGCGCAAGAUAGUCGACCUGGAAUCCGAGUUCCAUCAUCUUACUGGCUUGUCUAGUUCCAGCUACAAGAAGACACACGGCCCGGUCGACUAUGGGAGGCGCCAGAUCGCCAUCUUGCAGAACAUCUUGAAUCUGCACAGGACCCGCGCCAUUCUCGUCUGCUCUUGGCUGGAGCGGGAUGUGCAGGCCAUGUUGCAGGAUUUCAGCGUGUCUAAUCCUGUCAUUUACGUUCUGCGCGAUGCCAAAGCUAUCGAGGCCCAUCUGAAGGGAUACGACAAGUCCAAAGUUGGCACCCUCCUUGAUGCCACCAGUACUGUCCUUCGCCGCUGCACCCGUUUCGAGUUCUUCAACGUCUCCGAAGAGAACCUGGACACCCACUCCGCUUCAACAUCACCACCUGCUGUUCCGGACCAGCGGCAUACCGCGCCGUAUCUAACGCUUAAACGAGCCGAGCGCCACUUCCUCAAAUUUCUCUCCUUGAUUCUACCCAAGGGGACCAUACCUUUUGUCGAGUCCGCCUUUCCCCUGGCUUCCGUCCCCGUUGAACAGCGCCGCUUUACCUACGCCCUCGCCUUGCCUGUAUCUGCCUUGCUCGACAAAGGCGUCGAUAUCCAAGAGCUUGAUGUCGGUGUAGACGCAAUCGAGAUCAUUGUAGACGAUCUUGCAACGAGCGAAUCCGGCCCAACGAGCCCCUUGGGUCUUGCGCCCCACCGAGCGAGCGAGAUCAGUCGUGUUGUAGGCGAAAUCAGGAGGGACACAGUGAUCCCCAUCAUUCUGCACGUGGUCUUUCCAGAAAGAGCGCUAUAUGAAGAAGCUCUGCUCGCGCUUUACAUGACUUACCUGAACCAUGCCUUAAGGCUUGCGCCAGAUUAUCUUACGGUCGAUCUGGGGCUCGAUUCUGGCUUGCUUGGGCAACUAACCACCGUUCAAGGAACCACCAAGGUCAUCGGCAAUAAACAACUUGCAGAGGUCAAUUCGCCGCGCUGGGGGGAUCCAUCUUGGUUACAAGCCUAUGAAAAGGCCCAGAAUACAGGAUGCGACUUGGUAAGGUUGACCAGACCGGCUUCAAAUCCCCGGGACAACACAGACAUUCGGCAGUUCCACGUUGCUGUAGAGGCCGUCGGGGGUCCAAGGCUCCCAUUUAUUGCUUACAACACAGGACGCCUAGGUCGGACAUCGAUGUGUUUUAACGAGAUCCUGACUCCAGUUACACCAGUGCCUACCAAGGAGGAUGCAAUCGGGCUCCGCAAUCCAGCCCAUCGCUAUCUCCAGCCUCCGCUCACGGCUCUGGAAGCAACACAGGCUCUCUACUCGGCAUUUGUCCACGACCCAAUGAAGCUGUAUGUCUUUGGCGCAAAUGUGGGAUAUAGCUUGUCCCCAGCCAUGCACAAUGCCGCACUCAAGGCCUGUGGCAUUCCACACCAUUACAAGCCCCUUUCCACAGCAAACAUCGGGACUUUGCGCGAGGUUAUCAGCGAUCCGCAGUUUGCUGGAGCCUCGGUCGGCCUGCCGUUUAAGGUGGAAAUCAUCAGCCUCACACACUCGCUGAGCCGGCACGCGAAAGCCAUCGGAGCCGUCAACACCUUGAUUCCGGUACGACACCUUACCGCGGACGGUGGAAUACCGGACGAGGUGUCCAUGUUCAACAAUAUCAGCCAAGCCGGCGCUGUCAGAGCUCUCUACGGCGAGAACACGGAUUGGAUUGGUAUCCGAGCCUGCCUUCGCCGCGGUUUAUCGCCCGCCAAUGCCGUGAGAUCAACAAGCACUGGUCUUGUCAUCGGCGCUGGCGGAAUGGCUAGGGCAGCUGUCUAUGCCAUGCUUCAACUGGGAGUCAAGAAGAUUUUGAUCUUUAACCGAACAUUUGCUAAUGCCGAGAAGCUGGUUCUACACUUCGAGAACCUGUUGGUCAGAGACGCAUUGCCUCUGUUGAGCACAGGGCCAAGAUCCCACGACAACACCUGUUUUCACAUCAUUCGAUCUCGAGACGAUCCGCUCCCAGAAAACUUCAAAAACCCGACCAUGAUCGUUUCCUGCAUACCGACACACACAGUGGACAACACCCCUGACCCUGAAUUUACUGUGCCUUUGCACUGGCUCGACAACCCCACUGGCGGCAUUGUACUAGAACUCGACUACAAAUGUCUCACAUCACCCUUGCUCGAACAAACACGACGCGAGGCUCACAGAGGCUGGGUCGCAAUGGAUGGACUUGACCUCUUGCCAGAACAAGGGUUUGCCCAAUUUGAACUGUUCACCGGGCGGCGAGCACCUCGUCGCUUGAUGAGGCGCGAGGUUUUGCGAGCAUACCCAGAUGAUCAAGCAAAAUCUCAUACCGCGCAGUUACAGCCUCGCCUCAACGGAAUUGCAACGCAAAUAUCUUGA